AGAAAUUUCUCUUUAAAAACCCCUACUUUCUUUGCAGAGAACCAAGCAUCCACAACUUUCUUAAAUCUAAAACCCCUCAAUUUCAGAAUCUCGAAUUUCAUGAAAAAUGGUUGUGUACAAGAUGCCCAGAAUCUGUUUGACAAAAUGCCUCAGAGAAACACUGUUACGUGGAAUGCAAUGGUUCGAGGGUACUUCCUAAAUGGGUUUUUUGAUAAAGCAUUGUGCUUGUUCCAUCAGAUGCCAGAGCGAGAUAUUUUCUCGUACAACACGGUUAUUUCGGGGCUGAUGCAAUGCGGUGAUGUGGACCGUGCAAGGGAGAUUUUUUAUAGGAUGGUGUGUAGAGAUGUUGUGACGUGGAAUUCAAUGAUCUCGGGGUAUGUUAGUAACGGAUUGGUGGAGGAAGCAAGGAGGGUGUUUGAUGAGAUGCCGGUGAAAAAUGUGAUUUCUUGGAACUUGGUGUUAGGGGCGCUUGUGGAUUCAAAAAGGCUUGAUUUGGCUGAGGAGUAUUUUAGAAAUAUGAAUGCUAGAGAUGUUGCUUCAUGGACUAUAAUGAUUUCGGGGCUUGUAAGAACUGGACGGAUUGCUGAAGCUCGUCAACUUUUUGAGGAGAUGCCUGUAAAGGAUGUUCAGGGGUGGAAUGCAAUGUUAGCUGGAUAUGUAGAGAAUGAGUGUGUUGAAAUGGCAAAAAUGUUAUUUGGACAGAUGCCAGAUAGGGAUUUGGAUUCCUGGAAAUUAUUGAUAAGUGGGUUGGUAAGCAUUCAACAUUUUUCUGAUGCUACAAGAUAUUUCAUGGAAAUGCCCACAAAAUGUCAUAAAACAUGGAACUUGAUCCAGUUAGGAUUAAUAAGAAAAGGGCUUGUCAAGGAAGCUCAUGCUUUUUCUGAGAAAGUACCAUAUAAUGAUGUUGUGUCAUGGACAAAUAUGAUUGUUGGAUAUUUUGAAAUAGGUGAGAUUGGGAAUGCUGUUAAACUUUUUCAAUUGAUGCCAAUUCGAGAUACAACCAUAUGGAAUGUUAUGAUUUUUGGAUUGGGGGAAAAUGAUCAUGGUGAGGAAGGUCUUAAGGUUUUCAUCAGAAUGAAAGAAUCAGGUCAAUCCCCUGAUGAAGCUACAUUCACUAGCGUUUUGACAAUUUGUUCAAAUCUGCCAACCUUUGACUUUGGAAAACAAAGUCAUGCACACGUUAUUAAAUCCAGUCUGGAUCUGUUUACUGCAGUUUCAAAUGCAAUGGUGACUAUGUAUGCAAGAUGUGGAAACAUGCAUUCUGCAUUGUUAGAGUUCUCUUCCAUGCCAUUCCAUGACAUUAUUUCUUGGAAUUCAGUAAUCUGUGGAUUGGCUCACAACAGUAGUGGUGAGAAAGCUGUAGAGAUGUUUGAGCAAAUGAGAUUGACUGAUGUUAAGCCCAAUCAGAUAACCUUUAUAGGUGUUCUAUCUGCUUGUAGCCAUUCAGGGUUGGUAGACGAGGGUAAAUACUACUUUGAUUAUAUGAAAAACGAGUGUUUUCUUGAGCCAACAAGUGAGCACUAUACUUGUAUUGUUGAUCUCCUGGGGAGAUUUGGACUUAUCAAUGAGGCAAUGAAUUUUCUCAAUCAAAUGAGGCAAGAUGGAAUUGAAGUUCCCGCUAGUGUCUGGGGAGCCUUGCUUGGGGCUUGCAGAAUUCACAAGAACAUAGAGGUUGGGGAGAUUGUCGGUGAGAGAGUUUUGGAAAUAGAGCCUGAUAACUCUGGUGUAUAUUUAAUUCUGGCAGAAAUGUAUCUUACCUGCGGAAGAAGAGAAGAUGCUGAGAGGAUUCGAGCUCGAAUGAAAGAGAAUGGAACAAAAAAGCAACCAGGUUGUAGCUGGACGGAGGUAAAUAACAGCAGCCAAGUAUUUCUUUCAGGUGACAGGUCACACCCUGAGUUUAGUCAAAUCUGUUGUGUUUUAGACUUACUGCACUGUGACAUUGGCAUUGAGAUUUUAAGAUCACAUGCUAGUUAUACAGAGACUUCAGAGGCUUUAUUAGAUGGGUGUUAAUGUAUGAAGUUAUGUUGUUGAUAGACAGUGAACUAAAUAUGACACAAGUUGUUUAUUGCAUAUGGGUCUGGUAGAUUUGCAGAGACCUGGCUUGUUCCUUCAUAAUGUUGAUCUUAUCAGAUAGAUCUUAGAUGGGCUGGCAACUUUUAGGUGGCAGUAACAAAAUUUGGGCAAUUGUCUUAAGGCAGAAAUAUAUGAAAAGUUCAUGUAUCUUGUUCAGCUUCAGGACCAUCAUGCUCUUUCACCUGGCAUGGUAUGUGAGUUUGUUUAGCUUGGUCUUUGAAUGAAAAUUGUGAGUGUCCAUGGAACAAAAUUUUGGUUGGAUUGCUGGGUUACUAACUUUCCACUUACUGAAAGUAUGCAAUUAUGCUCUCGUUGGUCUAAGCCAAUUGUUCUGUUGCUGAAUAUUGCCCAUCUGAUGGUAGCUUGCAUUGGGAUUUGGGACUGAUUUGCUUAUAUUAGAUAGCAAGUCAGGUGGUGUUGACCCUGGAUUCAAAUCUCACUCUUCAUCGCGUUCAUAGAGAAUCUAACAUGAUUGCUGAGUAGCUUGCUGGUUAAAUAUGGUCAUGUGGCAACAGAUUUAAAAGAGUUUCAAGUCCUGCAGAAGCUGUCAAAGUAUUACUUCUAGAAGAUACAAGUAGCAUACUUGGCAACAGUUUUGCAUAUCAUAAGUCUAGUUUUAUGCUGGGUUUUUCUCCCCGUGUGCCGGGGAGGGGUAAAAAGAACAAUUCUGCUCUUAAAAAAGCAAACAAUUUUGUUUGGUAAACAAAAGAAGCACAAUUUA